AUAGGUCAGUCAGUCAGAUAGAUAGGUAUUUACACAUACAGUCACAGUCACACGAGUUUCCACCACUCGCAUCCUACUAAACAUAAUUUUAGUAUUAUCUAUCCGUCUUACUAAUACGUAGUUGAAAAUUUUAUUACUUCUUACUUAGUUCCAUCUAACUGCCAUACCUACCGCUUGCCAUUUACCUUACGUUAUAACGUUUACCACCUAUUUAGUUUAAAUGCCAUUUCAAAUAACUCAAAACUGAUAAUAACAAUAAGAUAAUAUUAACUGUCAGUGUAUUAAUCACUGAUCAGCAAACAGGAUGGAGGACGCACACGCGAAAACCGUCGAGGAGGUGUUAAAUUUUUUUAAUUGUGAUCCAGAAAAUGGUCUAUCUUUAGAACAAGUCAAAAGAAACCAAGAAAAAUAUGGACUCAAUGAAUUACCAACUGAAGAAGGAAAAUCGAUAUGGCAACUUGUGUUAGAACAAUUCGAUGAUUUACUAGUCAAGAUUUUAUUAUUAGCUGCAAUUAUAUCUUUUGUUCUCGCCUUAUUUGAAGAACAUGAAGACUCAUUUACCGCAUUCGUAGAACCAUUUGUUAUAUUGUUAAUUUUAAUUGCAAACGCAGUAGUCGGUGUAUGGCAGGAACGUAAUGCCGAAUCAGCUAUUGAAGCGUUGAAAGAAUAUGAACCAGAAAUGGGUAAAGUAUUACGUGGCGACAAAUCCGGUAUUCAAAAAAUCCGUGCCAAAGAAAUUGUACCUGGUGAUGUUGUUGAAGUAUCAGUUGGUGACAAAAUUCCAGCUGAUAUUCGUUUAAUCAAAAUUUACUCAACAACAAUCCGUAUCGAUCAAUCAAUUUUAACUGGUGAAUCUGUAUCAGUAAUCAAACACACAGAUGCUAUCCCAGAUCCACGUGCCGUCAAUCAAGACAAAAAGAAUAUCUUAUUCAGUGGUACAAAUGUUGCUGCUGGUAAAGCUCGUGGUGUUGUCAUGGGAACAGGUUUGAAUACUGCUAUUGGUAAAAUCCGUGUUGAAAUGAGUGAAACAGAAGAAAUCAAAACACCAUUACAACAAAAAUUAGAUGAAUUCGGUGAACAAUUAUCCAAAGUAAUCUCUGUUAUCUGUGUUGCUGUAUGGGCAAUCAAUAUUGGCCACUUUAACGAUCCAGCUCAUGGUGGUUCAUGGAUUAAAGGUGCUGUAUACUACUUCAAAAUUGCUGUAGCUUUGGCUGUCGCUGCCAUUCCAGAAGGUUUACCAGCUGUAAUCACAACUUGUUUAGCUUUAGGUACACGUCGUAUGGCUAAAAAGAACGCCAUUGUACGUUCUUUACCAUCAGUAGAAACAUUGGGUUGUACUUCCGUAAUUUGCUCAGAUAAAACUGGUACAUUAACAACAAAUCAAAUGUCUGUAUCACGUAUGUUCAUCUUUGAAAAGAUUGAAGGUAAUGACAGCAGCUUCACUGAAUUCGAAAUCACUGGUUCAACAUACGAACCAAUUGGUGAUGUUUUCUUGAAAGGACAAAAAGUUAAAGCCGCUGAUUUCGAUGCAUUACAUGAACUUGGUACAAUUUGUAUUAUGUGUAACGAUUCAGCUAUUGAUUUCAACGAAUUUAAACAAGCCUUCGAAAAGGUUGGUGAAGCCACUGAAACUGCUUUAAUUGUCUUAGCUGAAAAAAUGAAUCCAUUCGGUGUAAGCAAAGUUGGUUUAGAUCGUCGUGCUGCUGCCAUUUGCGUCCGUCAAGAAAUUGAAACAAAAUGGAAGAAAGAAUUCACUUUGGAAUUCUCACGUGAUCGUAAAUCAAUGUCCAGUUAUUGUGUACCAAUCAAACCAACUCGUUUAGGCACUGGACCAAAAUUAUUCGUGAAAGGUGCUCCAGAAGGUGUAUUAGAUCGUUGCACACAUGCUCGUGUUGGAACCCAAAAAGUACCAUUGACAUCAACAUUGAAGAACCGCAUCUUAGAAUUAACCAGACAAUACGGUACUGGACGUGAUACAUUACGUUGCUUGGCUUUGGCUACCAUGGACAAUCCAUUAAAAUUGGAAGAUAUGGAUUUGGGUGACUCAACUAAAUUCUAUACCUAUGAAGUAAAUCUAACCUUUGUCGGUGUUGUUGGUAUGUUGGAUCCCCCACGUAAAGAAGUAUUCGACUCAAUUGUCCGUUGCCGUGCAGCUGGUAUUCGUGUUAUUGUAAUCACUGGUGACAACAAAGCUACAGCUGAAGCUAUUUGCAGACGUAUUGGUGUGUUCACUGAAGAUGAAGACACAACUGGAAAAUCAUACUCUGGUCGUGAAUUUGAUGACUUACCAGUUGAUGAACAAAAAGCAGCUUGCGCACGUGCCCGUUUAUUCUCACGUGUAGAACCUUCUCACAAAUCAAAGAUUGUUGAAUUCUUACAAAGCAUGAAUGAAAUCAGUGCCAUGACUGGUGAUGGUGUCAAUGAUGCCCCAGCCUUAAAGAAAGCUGAAAUUGGUAUUGCCAUGGGUUCUGGUACAGCUGUAGCUAAAUCAGCCGCUGAGAUGGUAUUAGCUGAUGAUAACUUCUCAUCCAUUGUAUCCGCUGUUGAAGAAGGUCGUGCUAUUUACAACAACAUGAAACAAUUCAUUCGUUAUUUGAUUUCAUCAAACGUUGGUGAAGUAGUCAGUAUCUUUUUAACAGCUGCUUUAGGUUUACCAGAAGCUUUGAUUCCAGUUCAAUUGUUGUGGGUUAACUUGGUAACUGAUGGUUUACCAGCUACAGCUUUAGGUUUCAAUCCACCUGACUUAGACAUUAUGGACAAACCACCACGUAAAGCUGAUGAAGGUUUAAUUAGCGGUUGGUUAUUCUUCCGUUACUUGGCUGUUGGCGGUUAUGUCGGUGCUGCUACCGUUGGUGCAGCUGCAUGGUGGUUCAUGUAUUCUCCAUUAGGUCCACAAUUGAGUUAUUAUCAAUUGACUCAUCACAUGCAAUGUCUUGGUGGUGGUGAUGACUUCAAAGGAGUUGACUGCAAAGUAUUCAGUGAUCCACAUCCAAUGACAAUGGCUUUAUCUGUAUUAGUCACAAUUGAAAUGUUGAACGCAAUGAACUCAUUGUCUGAAAAUCAAUCAUUAGUCACAAUGCCACCAUGGUGCAAUCCAUGGUUACUUGGUGCAAUGGCAUUAUCAUUCUCAUUACAUUUCGUUAUUUUAUACGUUGAAGUAUUAGCACAAAUAUUCCAAGUAUCACCAAUUGGUAUUGAUGAAUGGAUUGUGGUAAUGAAAUUUUCAAUUCCAGUCGUAUUAUUAGAUGAAGUACUUAAAUUUAUAGCAAGAAAAAUCACUGAUGCUAAUGAAAUUGUUAUUGAUAAAUGGUAAAUCAGUAGAUCAACAAAUGAGCAAGCUAAUAAAUUAUCAAGCUUUAAGCGUUUACAUUCAUCAUUGAGAAUCAUCGUUUUUUUCAUCACUUGCUUUUUAUUUGUCCACAUUUUACUGCUGCUCCAUUCUGAGUUUCAUCAAAUUAUUUCAUAAUGCUUAAUUCUCUGUCUAAAAACUAAUUUGACUUUUACUAUUAGCGUCAUUGUACACGAUUAUUCAUGUAAUACUUUAUACUUAAAAAUUAUAAAUCAUAAUCAGACCAUUGUAAUGAGUGGCCGUGUUCAGUAUCUCUUCUCACUCAGUGUGCAGUCACUAGCUAUUCGAAAAGUGAUCGCUCACUGAAUGAACGAUGUUAACUAUUUCAUGAAUAAUUAUGUAUAAAAUUUAAAAUAAAAAUUUUACCUUUG